AUGGCGUGUAUAGACUGGAGACCCUCAGCAAAGGACCCAUCCCCCGAAUCCGCAGCUCCGCCCAGCGUCACACUUAAAGACCACGGAACCUUACUAGCUAGAGAGUCCUCGGAGAAGCUUCCGGCGGAGUUGGUGGCGGAGCUGAUGCCAAAGCACGUGGCAAUGAUCAUGGAUGGGCACGGUAGGUGGGCCAAGGCAAGGGGGCUCGCGGCGACGGCAGGGCACCGAGCGGGAGUGGAAUCACUGAGGAGGGUGGUGAAGCUGUGUUGCAGUUGGGGCAUUGAGGUUCUCACGGUUUUCGCGUGCUCCACUGAGAACUUGACUCGCCCCACGGUCUUUCAUGUCUUUCCAUAUUCAAUGGAAGGAAUUCGAAUGUCUGUGAUCGGAGAUUUACCAAAGCUCCCUCGGUCUCUAAAGAGAACGAUAGCAAGAGCAGAGGAGAAUACAAAACACAAUUCGAGAUUCCAACUUCUUGUGGCAUUAAACUAUGGUGGACAAUAUGAUGUUGUGCAAGCAUGUAAAAGUGUAGCCCUGAAAGUCAAAGAUCAUGUUCUUCACUUGGACGACAUCAAUGAAAAGAUAAUCGAACAGGAACUGGAAACUAACUGCACUGAAUUUCCUAACCCGGAUCUACUAAUACGAACUGGUGGCGAUCUAAGAGUGAGUAACUUCUUGCUGUGGCAAUUGGCCUACACAGAACUUUAUUUCAAUCCAAAACUGUGGCCAGAUUUUGGGAAGGAUGAGUUUGUGGAUGCCUUGAAAUCAUUUCAACAAAGACAAAGACGUUUUGGUGGACGACAUUCGUCUUCGGGACAAAGGCCGCUUACGGUUGCUAAACGCGGUUCGCUCGCCGCUACUGCCAGCGUGGCGCUUCGAGACGACGCGGGCCAAGGGGUCUCGCUCGACCGAGAGCUGCCAGAGCCGCUGCCGGUUGAUCUGGCCGCGGAGCUGAUGCCUAAGCACGUCGCGGUGAUCAUGGACGGGAACGGGAGGUGGGCGAAGUUGAAGGGGCAGGCGGCGUCGGUGGGGCACCAGGCGGGGCUGCAGUCGCUGAAGAGAAUGGUGAGGCUCUGCGGCAGUUGGGGGAUUAAGGUUCUCACGGUUUUCGCAUUCUCAACGGAUAACUGGAUUCGCCCCAAGGUAGAGGUUGAUUUCUUGAUGACGUUGUUCGAGAGCACCAUAAGCACGGAAAUCGAAGCCUUUAAGAGGGAAGGAAUUCGAAUAUCUGUGAUUGGAGAUUCGUCAAGGUUGCCCAAGUCUCUGCAGGGACUGAUAGCUAGUGCAGAAGAAGAUACAAAGCGCAAUUCAAGACUCCAACUUAUUGUGGCAGUGAGCUACAGUGGAAAAUACGAUGUUGUGCAAGCAUGCAAAAGUGUGGCCAAGAAAGUGAAAGACGGUGAUCUUCAUUUGGAUGACAUAAAUGAAAAGAUAAUUGAACAGGAACUGGAAACUAACUGCACUGAGUUUCCAAACCCUGAUCUACUAAUAAGAACUAGUGGUGAGCUUAGAGUGAGUAACUUUUUGUUGUGGCAAUUGGCCUACACAGAACUUUACUUUAGUAGACAACUGUGGCCAGAUUUUGGAAGGGAUGAGUUUGUAGAUGCAUUAAGUUCAUUUCAGCAGAGACAGAGACGCUAUGGUGGACGACAUUCAUAA